GGGACGUAGCACAACAUCGGUCUCUUAUUUUUGUCCUAGGAGCGCUCCGCGGAAUCUCUGGCCAGCGGAUCGGAGGCACGCACGAUCCCCGCCUCGACCAGGGCCAUGCUGGCGAUACGCCGGAGCCGCAUCCUGGGAAUGCCGAUGGCCUACUACGCGCUCCUCAUUGGCAGCAUGGCGCUGUGCGCCUUCUCCUAUGCCUUCGCAUCCAAGACGAUGAGCGAGAGGAGCGCACACAUCCCAGGCCACUCUCACAUGGCCGCUAAGGAGCGACACGGCGGCUUGCUCAACGUGCCGGUCCCGCCGUCCUCGUCGACGGGCAAGGACCUCGCGCACACGACGUGGCACCGGCAGCCACCAAGUGUUCGCGCCCACGGCGGGAGUCGCCGCCACGCGAAGCACCCGGGCCGGAAGAGCAAGAGGUCCGGGCGGCGCUCGCACUCCGCCGCAGCCACCGCAGCUUCGACGAAGGUCGCGGUGGAGGAUGCGGACUUGACGCCGGACAGCGCGACGCAAGCGCAAUGGGAGCCGCCUGUCAUGGAGACGACGCCCAGCGUCGUCCAAGACACGGCGGCGACCACGUUCGCACCCGCUUCGCUGCCGUCGGCACCGACCGUGACCGGCGGCAGCAUCACCCAAAACGGAACGUUCAACUCAUCGGCGAACCUCGACGAGUACGAGGAAGUGUUCGAGUACUACUACGUGUACGACGACAACGAGACGUCGACAUCGAGCACGCCUCAGCCGGCGCAAUACGCCGAGCUUGCCAUUCCAAUAAACCAGUGAUGCUCGA